UUCUAUUUUUCUUCUUGGAAAGGCCAUUAACUUUUCAGUCUAUACUUAAAUCUCAUCUUGCAUGAAUCAUUUGUAACUUUCUUGAUCUGUUGCCAAAUCUCACAUAAAAACAACUUCGACACUUCACCUGCUUGGUGCUUCAACCAAGUUUGUUGAGACACAGAUCUCCAUGCAAUAAAGGGUAAACUGAUUUUGUCUGUUCAUGAUUUCCUUCAUAAAAAUUUCACAUUCUUUGCUUAUUUUCUUGUAUUUCUUUCUAUUUCAACGGGUGUCAUUUGGGUUCAUGAAUUCCACUUUCCAAAAACUGUGUUAGUAAAGAAAUACAGAAGUUAUAUAUGUACUUCUUGAAGCAGGUUGAAGAAGGUCAGUGACUGAGCAUCAAAUUUGGGGUGUUUUUUUUUUCUUUGAAAAAUGUCUUCUGCUACAAAGUUCACAUCCCUUUCAUGUUCAAGUUCCAUUGUUGGUUCCCUAGAUGAUUCAUCUCCUGUUUUAGUUUUCGUUCAAUGGUUGACAUUCAUCUUUUUAUCUCCAUGUCCUCAAAGAGUCCUGUUUUCAUCCAUUGAUUUCAUGUUCAUGCUUACCCUUAUGUCGGUAUCAAUCCAAAAGCUCUAUUCUAGAUUCAGCUCCAAUGGAGAAUCCAGUUCCUCCAUCAGUAAACCACUUCUGGGGAGUGAAUCUCAUUGCAGAAUCACCAUGUGGUACAAAUUAUCUAUUUUGGUUACAAUUCUGCUUGCAAUACUUGACACAGUCCUAUUUAUCUUAUCCUUCACUCCAAGUGUUCAUUCACCAUUGAAGCCUAUAGAAAUUAUGUUUCGGAUAGCUCAAGCAGUAACCCAUGUAGCAAUUAUCAUCCUGCUUGCACAUGAGAAGAAAUUUGAAGCUAUUAUGCAUCCUAUGUUCCUUAGAAUUUAUUGGAUGGCAAUUUUUUUUCUUACAUGCUUAGUAGCUGUUUCAGCAAUCACUAGGUUCAUAUCUAUUUAUAAAGGCAACUUGGAUCCUAUUUUGAGAAUGGAUGACAUAUUUUCCUUCGUUAGCCUUCCAUUAUCCAUGUUUUUAUUUAUUGUGGCCUUGCGAGGAUCAUCUGGGAUUAGUGUGAUUAGACCAUCAGAAUCAGGUGUGAAUUCAGGAACACACUUGUAUGAAUCAAUUUCAACAAGUUCCAAUGUGAGUGGCUAUGCUUCAGCUUCUUUGUUCUCUAGAGGGGCGUGGCUUUGGAUGAAUCCAUUACUAAAUAAGGGAUACCAAUCCCCUCUUAAAAUUGAUGAAGUUCCUUCACUUCCACCCGAUCUUCGGGCUGAAAGGAUGUCGGAGCUCUUUGAAAUGAAUUGGCCUAAGCCAGAAGAAAACUCUAACCAUCCAGUUCGCACCACAUUACUUAGGUGCUUCUGGAAAGGUAUUGCUUUCACUGGUUUUCUAUCAAUAGUUAAGCUGGCAGUCAUGUACAUUGGCCCAGUCCUCAUCCAAAGUUUUGUUGACUUCACCUCUGGGAAAAGAAGCUCCCCAUAUGAAGGAUACUAUCUAGUAUUGAUCCUCCUGAUAGCAAAAACAGUUGAAGUCCUUAGUUCCCACCAAUUUAAUUUCCAGUCUCAGAAACUAGGAAUGCUCAUUCGAUCCAGCCUCAUCACCUCAUUAUACAAGAAGGGGCUCAGAUUAUCAUGUUCCUCACGGCAGGCUCAUGGGGUUGGCCAGAUUGUUAAUUACAUGGCUGUUGAUGCUCAACAGCUAUCUGAUAUGAUGAUGCAGCUUCAUGCCAUAUGGUUGAUGCCAUUACAACUAGGUGUUGCUUUGGCACUUCUUUAUGGCUAUCUUGGUGUGUGUAUGAUUGCAGCAUUGAUUGGAGUUGUUGUAGUUUUGGCUUUUGUAUUGAUGCGCACUAGAAAGAACAACAUUUUCCAGUACAAUGUGAUGAGAAACCGUGAUUCAAGGAUGAAGGCCACAAAUGAGAUGCUCAAUAAUAUGCGUGUGAUCAAGUUCCAAGCGUGGGAGGAGUACUUUGGUAAAAGAAUACAAUCUUUUCGUGAAUCAGAGUUUGGGUGGAUUGGCAAAUUCAUGUACUCAGUCUCCUGUAACAUGGUCGUGCUCUGGAGUACUCCAAUUGUAUUAGCAGCUCUUGCAUUUGCAGUUGCAAUUUUUUGGGGCAUUCCUCUUGAUGCUGGAACUGUUUUCACAGCUACGACUAUUUUUAAAAUACUGCAGGAGCCAAUUCGCAACUUCCCACAGUCUCUUAUCUCAAUUUCACAAGCAAUGAUCUCCCUUGGGAGGUUGGAUGGAUUCAUGAAAAGUAGGGAACUGGAUGAGGCUUCAGUGGAGAGAGAGGCAGGUUUUGAUGGUAGCAUUGCUGUGGAGGUAAAAGAUGGGGUUUUCUCAUGGGAUGAUGAAGGUGGUGAGGAGGUUUUAAAAAAUUUGAAUCUGGAGAUCAAGAAAGGGGAGCUUGCUGCAAUUGUUGGGACUGUUGGAUCCGGGAAGUCUUCAUUGUUGGCUGCAAUUCUUGGUGAAAUGCACAAAAUCAGAGGAAAGGUCAGAGUUUGUGGGACAACAGCCUAUGUUGCACAAACUUCAUGGAUCCGAAAUGGGACAAUCCAAGAAAAUAUACUCUUUGGUUCGCCAAUGAACACAGAGAGAUACAAGGAAGUGAUUAGAGUUUGUUGCUUGGAGAAGGACUUGGAAGUUAUGGAGUUUGGAGACCAGACUGAGAUUGGAGAGCGAGGGAUCAACCUGAGUGGUGGCCAGAAGCAACGCAUACAACUUGCUAGAGCCAUUUAUCAGGACUGUGAUAUCUAUCUUCUUGACGAUAUAUUUAGUGCUGUUGAUGCUCAGACUGGUUCAGAAAUAUUUAAGGAAUGUGUUCAUGGAGCUCUCAAAGAUAAGACCAUUUUACUCGUAACCCAUCAAGUUGACUUCUUGCAUAAUGCCAAUCUUAUAUUUGUCAUGCGAGAUGGGAUGAUUGUGCAAUCUGGGAUGUACGAAGAACUUCUAGAAUCUGGCAUGGAUUUCAGUGCACUUGUAGCUGCCAAUGAAACUUCCAUGGAUCUUGUUGUAAAGGGUAACACAUCUGGUAAAAAUAUUCAAGAAACACCAAAAUCACCCCACAACUCUCCAAGACAAGAGGAGCCCAACAGUGAAAACAGCCCUGCAGACCAAUCCAAUGGUACUUCAAGGCUCAUUGAAGAUGAGGAGAGAGAAACUGGCCGUGUCAGCUUUGAUGUGUACAGGCAAUAUUGCACUGAAGCAUAUGGGUGGUGGGGAGUGGCAACUGUACUGCUUCUGACUCUACUGUGGCAGUCAUCUCUGAUGUCUAGUGACUACUGGCUUGCAUAUGAAACUUCUGAAGAUCACGUUUUUAGCCCUUCUCUGUUCAUUAAUGUCUACUCAAUCAUUGUAGCUGUUUCAUGUGUAUUGGUGAUGGUCAGAGCAUUCGUUUUUGCUUUUUUGGGUCUGAAAACAGCUCAGAGCUUCUUCAAUCAACUUCUCCAUAGCAUUCUGCAUGCUCCAAUGUCAUUCUUUGAUACCACUCCUUCAGGAAGGAUUCUUAGUCGUGCAUCAACCGAUCAAGCCAAUGUUGAUCUUUUCAUUCCGUUAUUUCUGGGCAUGGCAAUUGUAAUGUACUUCACAUUGCUUAGCAUUAUCGUCAUUACAUGCCAGUAUGCUUGGCCAACAGUUUUCCUCAUAAUUCCACUGGUCUGGUUGAAUAUCUGGUACCGGGGUUUUUACCUUGCAUCCUCUCGUGAAUUGACACGCCUUGAUUCCAUUACAAAAGCCCCAAUUAUUCAUCACUUCUCAGAGACCAUCACUGGUGUUAUGACUAUCCGCAGUUUUAGGAAGCAAGGGAUUUUUUGUCAGGAAAAUAUUGACAGGGUCAAUGCAAAUCUGAGAAUGGAUUUUCACAACAAUGGAUCAAAUGAGUGGUUGGGUUUUCGUUUGGAACUAAUUGGAAGCAUUUUCCUUUGUAUUGCCACCAUGUUAAUGGUCUUGUUGCCAAGCAAUAUAAUCAAGCCAGAGUACAUUGGUCUAUCUCUUUCCUAUGGCCUGCCACUGAAUGGCGUCCUCUUUUGGACCAUAUAUAUAAGUUGCCUUGUUGAGAACCGGAUGGUUUCAGUUGAAAGAAUAAAGCAGUUUACAAACAUUCCAUCAGAACCUGCAUGGCAUAUCACAAAUUGUCUUCCCUCUCAGAAUUGGCCCAGCCAUGGCAACAUAGAGUUGAAGAACUUGCAGGUUAGAUAUCGGCCUAAUACUCCUCUAGUCCUCAAAGGCAUAACUCUGAGCAUUCAAGGAGGAGAAAAGAUUGGUGUUGUUGGCCGUACAGGCAGUGGGAAGUCAACUCUGAUCCAAGUGUUUUUCAGGCUGGUAGAGCCCUCUGGUGGAAAAAUUAUAAUUGAUGGGAUUGAUAUCUGCAUGCUGGGUCUUCAUGAUCUUAGGUCUCGGUUUGGGAUCAUUCCUCAAGAUCCUGUCCUUUUCCAAGGAACGGUUCGAAGCAAUAUAGACCCAAUUGGUUUAUAUUCAGAUGAAGAAAUUUGGAAGAGCCUUGAGCGCUGCCAGCUGAAAGAUGUGGUUGUUGCAAAGCCAGAUAAACUAGAUGCUUCAGUGGCUGAUAGUGGAGACAACUGGAGUGUAGGACAAAGACAGCUCCUCUGCUUGGGAAGGGUCAUGCUGAAGCGUAGCCGAAUCUUGUUCAUGGAUGAGGCCACAGCUUCUGUUGAUUCACAAACCGAUGCUAUAAUUCAAAAGAUCAUCCGGGAGGAUUUUGCAGACUGUACAAUCAUCAGUAUUGCUCACAGGAUACCCACAGUCAUGGACUGUGAUAGAGUGUUGGUUAUAGAUGCUGGACGAGCAAAGGAAUUUGAUAAACCAUCUCGUUUGCUUGAAAGGCCCUCACUGUUUGGGGCAUUGGUUCAGGAGUAUGCCAACAGAUCAUCUGGAUUAUGAACAACUCAUUUCAUUGCUGUAUCCAUAUAGUAAUUUUCCAAUAAGCUACCAAGAUUGGAGGCCGUAAUCUGUGACCAAACAUCUGGUUCUUUUUAUGUAGUUUAUUUUAGUAGAUUCCCCAUAUGCAAGUUUUUGAUGUUUCUUAUUUGGUUUAGAUCAUGGACAUGCCGAAACUAUAUUUGGUUACCAAGUAACUUUCUUAUAAGAUGAUUAAAAAAUGUAACUUGAGAAACUUCCAUAUAAAUGAGAUUGGCAUUUCCUA